UGAGUCGCCGCCCUAGCAACAAGCUGCAGAGAUAAAAAAAAAAAAAGAAAACAUCCGCCGUGUCUUCAUCAGCUUUAGCUGGCCCCGUUUGAGACGCAGACACUUUUAAUGUGAACUUUCUUUCUCUUCUAACAUGGACAGUUUGCAGGCAGGAGAUCCGCGGUAUCUGAAAAGAAGAGUGAAGGGAUGCACUGUUGAGGUCCACCCCACUGAGAGAGCCCUCGUGGUUCAGUAUGAGGUGGAGGCAACUGUCUUGGGAGAGCUGGGGAACCCGAUGGUUGGAGAACGCAAAGAGUGUCAGAAAAUCAUUCGCCUGAAAAGCCUCAACGCCCACACAGACACGUCCUCUUUAGCUCGGAAGAUCGUGGAGGAAUGUCAGCUGAUUCACUCGUCCAAACUCCGCGAGGUGGAGCAGCUGCUCUUCUAUUUGCAAAACCGCAAACAAUCCAAUGACGACCAAGAGAAGAAGCGCAUCUCACCUCGAGACUUCGCACCUUGCGCAGGAGUGGAGGACAAGGUGGCGCGCAUCGACGCCAUCGAUGAGUAUGUGGAGCUGCUGUACGAGGACAUCCAGGAGAAGAUCAGAGGAGCCACGCUCAUCUUCCAGCUGGCUCGCAACCCGGACAACCUGGAGGAGCUCAUACAGAACGAGACGGUCCUUGGAGCCCUGGCCAGAGUUUUGAGGGAGGACUGGAAGCAGAGUGUGGACCUGGCAACGACCAUCAUCUAUGUCUUCUUCUGCUUCUCCAGUUUCUCCCAGUUCCAUGGCCUUGUCACACAUUUCAAGAUUGGGGCCCUUUGUAUGAAUAUCAUAGAGCAUGAGCUGAAGAGGUACGACCUUUGGCAAGACGAACUGCAGAAGAAGAGGAAGGCCUAUGAAGAAUUCUCUGAGAACCCAAAUCUGAGGAAGGAACAUGAGAAGUCUUUCAGAAAGUACCAGAGCCUUCUGACCAAGCAGGAGCAGCUCCUCAGAGUUGCUCUGUGUCUGCUGCUGAACCUGGCUGAAGACCCCCGCACAGAGCUGAAGAUGAGGAACAAAAACAUCGUCCACACGCUGGUGAAGAUCCUGGACCGGGACGACGAGGAGCUGCUGCUGGUGGUGGUCUCUUUCCUCAAGAAGCUCUCCAUCUUCCUGGAGAACAAGAAUGACAUGGCUGAAACGUUGGCCGUGGAGAAGCUGUCUCGGCUGGUUCCCUGCGAUCACGAGGAGCUCCUGAGCACCACCCUGCGCCUCCUGCUCAACCUCUCCUUCGACACGUCGCUGCGCAGCCAGAUGGUCCACGCGGAACUCCUUCCCAAAGUCUCCUCACUGCUCGCUGACGAGGCCCAGAGACAGCUCUGCAUGUGCAUUCUGUACCACAUCAGCAUGGACGACAGAUUCAAGUCCAUGUUUGCCGACACAGGCUGCAUACCGCAGCUAAUGAAGAUGGUGUUUGACUGCGGGGAGAAGAUGGACGUUGAGCUCAUCUCGCUCUGCAUCAACCUGGCUGCUAACAAGAGUAACGCCAAGGUCAUCUGUGAAGGCAACGGUCUGAAGAUGCUGAUGAAGCGGGCUGUGAAGCUGAAGGAUGUUCUGGUGACGAAGAUGAUCAGAAACCUUUCUCAGCACAACGGAUCCACUAAGAGCCUCUUUCUGGAACAUGUCGGUGACCUGGCAUCUCAGAUCAGUAAGGUGGAGGAGGAGGCGGAGGAGUUUGUGAUCGAGUGUCUGGGCACGCUGGCCAAUCUGACCAUCGCCGACCUCGACUGGGCGCUGGUCCUCAAGGAGUACAACCUGGUGCCCUACCUGAAAGAGAGACUCAAACCAGGUUCUGCUGAGGAUGACCUCAUUCUGGAGGUGGUGAUCAUGAUCGGCACCGUGUCCAUGGACGACUCGUGUGCAGCCAUGUUGGCAAAGUCUGGGAUAAUUCCUGCUCUUAUUGAGCUGCUUAACGCCCAACAGGAGGACGAUGAGUUUGUGUGUCAGAUUGUCUUCGUCUUCUACCAGAUGGUCUUUCACAAAGCUACCAGGGACGUCAUCGUCAAAGACACUCAAGCGCCUGCGUACCUCAUGGACUUGAUGCACGACAACAACGCCGAGAUCCGCAAAGUCUGCAACAACACUCUGGAUAUCAUCGCUGAAUAUGACGAGGAGUGGGGCAAGAAGAUCCAGAAUGAGAAGUUCCGCUUGUACAAUUGUCAGUGGCUGGAUAUGGUGGAGAACCGACCAAUGGAUGAGGCGGGAGAGCCCUUCCUGUACGGGGAGGACGGGGAACCCUUCAUCGGGGACAGAGACAUCCUGGAGAGACCCGAUCUCUUCUACAGCGCCGAUGGGCUCAUCUCAGCAGACGGUGCCAUCAGUCCCGAGUUCUACACCGACUUCCAGGACGGAGAGCUGGGACAGACUGGAUACAUGAGCAGAGUCUCAAAGUCCCCCAAUGGGGGGGUGUCUUUCGAGACAGCAGGAUGUCCUCUUCAUCCGUCCACUGUCCCACAGCAGGACAGACAACCAGGGGUGGGAAGACAUACUCACACUCAUCGUCCCAUUGGUCAGAUAAUGUGGGGUCCCCAACAAACGCUCUGAGGACAUCUGGCAGAGAAGUACAGACCUCCUCCACCUGCCUGAGCAGCAGCCUGCUGGACCGGAUGUUGAUCAGCUCCGCUAGAUGAGGGAUGGAGGUCUUCAUUAGAUGAGCUUCACACAGCCGGCCUCUCUCAGUCUGGAUCUCAGACUGAUCGACGAUCAGCUGCCAAGUCCAAACUCCAAAGUACACAAGUCCAUAAUUGGUCCAUACUUCUUUGUGGAGAAGCUGAGGCCUCACAUGGAGGGUGGAGACUCCUUGUAGGCCUUUGUCUGGUCCUCUUGGUGUAGGAUCCAAGGCCUGAAGUGGAGGGUGGAGACCAUGGUCGUUUCUCAAAAUGCGUUCUUGUCUGUUCUCGUGGACUUGUGAAAUGUCAUAAGUCGCAGCCCGAGUAGUUCCAAUUCAAAGUCCCCGUCUAGCCAACCACGGUCCAAAUGUCCGGAUGUGACUAGCUCUAUGAAUACAGUUAAUUCUAUAUAGUUGUUGUUGUUAUUAAUACUAUCUGCUACAGUAAUUGCUAUACUUCCCAUAUUAUUGUGACUUUUAACGUAUAUUCCAUUUCAUUUCAAGGGAUCUUUGAUUGUUAUUGCACAUUUAUUUUGAGUAUUUAUUGCACUUUUCACUGAACUAUAUAUUUCAAUCAGGAGUCCAAUAAAGAAAGGAUCAUUGUGUUCCUCCCCUCUCCGCCUUCUUUUGUUGGACCUUUCAGUUUGUCGGAGCGGUUUGUCCCCGCGGGUCGACCAGCCCGCCCCGACGGCCAGAUGGUCUACAACUACAACACCGCCUCCCGGUAAACCACACCGGACGAGCUGCAUCUUGAUUGGGGAGGAACAGCAUCGGCGAUCUGUUAAUGGGGCAGAUCAUCAGAAGCGUCGCGUUGGAGCACCAAUAUUAAUAUUUUAAUACACCGACACUCAUUCAAGGAAAACUGCGGAAACUAGCAACUGUACGGGGAACAAGUUGAAUUACCCCAUCCACAAAUCACAAAUUCCUCAAGAUUUAUUAUAAUAUUAUAUGAACAAGAUACACUUAAAAACUAACAAACAUACAUAUUAAGGUCGGUCUUUAAUUUCAUUUUACGUGUAUUCUGAUGAAUUUGAAUAUUGCUUCUCUGAUUCAAGAACACGUGCUGUGAAUCAAAGCUUACUACGUCUGUAUUGUGGUAAACUAGCAGCUGUUGAUUCAACACUGAACCGUCACGUUUGCCUGAAUGUUUCUUUCGUAACCACAACCUGCCUAAUGUGAUCGCUUAUAAACACUACUGCAGGCAAAACAAAGUACAUGAAAUAAGUGCGUUUUGAAAGAUAAAUCUGGCACUCUGAGAUUCUUGAAUGAAGAGUGCCUUAAAAAAUAGAAUGCAUUAUUAUUAUUAUUAUAAAUCUGGUGUUAUUCUAUAUUUCUUUCUCAUGUCCAACAUCUAAUGCGCAGACUCAAACCAACAAUAUGUUGGUGUGUCUCAAUACUUUCUGACUUCCUGUCUGGCUCUCAGCUCCGAGCCCAUUGGUUCAUACUGAAGUCAGUCUUUAAAAACACCAUUAAAACAUGGUGAUGAAGGAACGCGUCAUCCCGUCACACACACACACUUGUUCUUAGAUGUUGGUUGAAUUCAUUUUUAAUAAGAGAAUAACUUACAGAAUAUCACCAGACCAAUCCUUUAACAGAGGUAAUAUUUUAUAGAAUUAAAACCAGUCCUGGCUGGCGUAGCUUUUUUAUUUUUUGCUUGUGAAGUGGAAGUGAAAAAAAACAAAACUUAGAAAAAGCCCUUUCUAUUUUAUCUCUUUAAUCAUAUUGUGACCUCUCAGAUUAAUCUGGUCGACUGGGACGUCAUAUAGUAUGUCCCACAUGUGCCUGAAAAAUUGUUGCGUUAAAUUACUAUACCUCAAUUUUGAUGUAUUGUUUAUGUUUGCGGUUCUGUAUUUUCUUGAUUUCCGAGGAAGCUUGCUGAUAAUCACUGUGUAAUUUGGUAAACAUUAUAGGGAGACAGGCUGUGCUCAACUGGUGCACUUUCAAUUGAAGUAACCUGGACCUUUUAGUUACUGCACAGCAGGUCAGCUGGAUUUGCUUACUCAUAAAUCAACAACCUUUUAUAAACUCCACAUAACUCUAUAAACUUGAAUAACUGUCUCAGAGCAUUGUCUCUAUAAUUAGUCCCAAAUUACAGUUCUUUCCAGGAAACAAUGGACCAUAAAAUAAAUGAGUGCAAUGUCCCACUAGAAGCUCUGCAGUAGACUGUAAAAAAAGAAAAUCCAAGCGCUGGAUUAAGACGUAAUUUAUCUUUAUUUCUAUGAAUGUAAUUUAAGAAGAAAUAACAGCCUUUGUCUUAUCUUAAAAAAUGUCUUGAAUAUGAACAAAUGUUAAUUUAUUUGUAUUCUUUAUCUUGUCCUUGAUGUGCCUGGAGCGCUGCCGGCCCGCGGAAAUAUGUGGUGCAAUAUAUCAAAUAUCAGAUGUAAGGCGUAUUAUUGUAGUCAAACUGUAUUUAUUAUUUAAUCCGUCACCGAUGUUGGAUUUCUUGCAGGUUUUGGAUAUUUCUCAGCACAGCGUGUCAGUGAUUGUGGACCAAAAAUAAAUAAUCCAAACCUCA